AUUCCCUUGAGAUAGAUGGAGAAGACAUAUGCCAAGAACAGCUCUCGCUCCCUUUGCAUUGUCAUGGCCUGCAAAGCAUCAUGGCGCAGCUCCUCCGCUCUGCUUCUGCCGCUGCUCUUCUUCCUCCUGUCCCAGGCUGCUGUUACAACUACGGGGCAGCAGCAACAGGAGGGGAGCCAGGAAGCUUGUGCUCCCUUCUCUUGCGGUCUGUUCCACAACAUCAGCUACCCAUUUCGUCGAACAACUGAUCCGCCUCAAUGCGGGGAUCGGAGGUUAGAACUCACCUGCGAGGGCAACAAAUCCACCAUGUCCAUCGGCUCCACACACUACUUCAUCACUCAGCUAUUGGACGAAUACAUAACUGAGACAGAGUACGAAUACAGCAUCAACUUGGUGGAUCCGAAGUUUGCAAGUGGAAGCUGUGGCCUCCCUUCCCAAUCAUUGUCACCCUCCAAUCUUUCAAACUCCGGCUCUUAUAACCGAUUUGGUUGGUGGGCAAGUUUCAUGAGUUGUACGAGAAGAAUCGAGGGCCAGAGUUUGUAUCAGUCCGUUCCUUGCUUGAGCAACAACAACAACACUUUUGUCUAUGUCGUUUUUGCAGAUGAAGGAUAUAGUUUGUCAUACCUUCAUCCAUCAUGUCAAUUUCUGUCGAUGAUUCCAGCGAUAGAUGCCGAAUUCUCAACGAGGGAUGCAUUCCACAUUCUACAAGAGGGAUUUGAUUUGGGUUUGUCAUCAUGGACCAAUAGGAGACCCACAAUAACUCAGAAAAUCCUUCAAUGUCUGCCUCGAUUCAAAAGACAGUUCUUUGAAAAACUGAGAAGCAAACACAUACUCACUAAAGUUUUCUCCCUCGCCGUCAGUGAGACAAACUUUGCAUCUUGCAUGGCAGAGGGCAAUUACGAAAACGUUUUGACUAUUCGAUUAACAAUUGCCGUGGUGGUAUUCAUCCAUAUUGUACAGCUCUUAGUAGUUUUAUUGAUACUGGGACGAAUUGUCAUAGCGCCUAUGAUAGUUUUGUUUUCGCUUGGUUACAAACUAUGGAACAGGCGAGUCACAGUUGACCUUAUAGAGAAGUUUCUUCGGCGCCAGCAAACGUUGAUGCCGACUAGAUAUGCCUACUCUGAACUUAUAGCCAUCACAAGGCAUUUUAGAGAGAAGCUCGGCCAAGGAGGCUUUGGUUCAGUCUUCAAAGGGGAACUUCUAGGAGGUCGUUUUGUUGCAGUUAAAAUGCUAGUCAACUCCAAAUGCAAUGGCGAUGACUUCAUCAAUGAAGUUUCUACGAUAGGUAGGAUUCAUCAUGUGAAUGUCGUGCGGCUAGUUGGAUAUUGCUCCGACGGAUCAAAAAGAGCUUUGGUUUACGAGUAUAUGCCUAAUGGCUCGCUUGACAAGUAUAUUUUUGCUCCCAAUGGUCAAUUUUUCACCUCAGAAAAACUCAUUCAAAUAGCAAUUGGCAUUGCAAGGGGUAUCGAUUACUUACAUCAAGGAUGUGAUAUGCAGAUUCUACACUUUGACAUCAAGCCUCAUAAUAUACUUAUAGACCAUAAUUUCACUCCCAAAAUAUCUGACUUUGGACUUGCAAAAUUGUACCCAAAGACAAAUGCUCUAGUAUCUAUUAGUGUUGCAAGAGGGACAAUCGGCUAUAUUGCUCCUGAGUUAGUAUCUCGAAGCUUUGGAAAAAUCUCUUUCAAAUCAGAUGUUUAUAGUUUCGGAAUGUUACUAAUGGAAAUGGCUGGAAGGAGAAGAAAUGUGGAUCCUCUUGCAGGGAAUUCAAGCCGAGUUUACUAUCCAUCAUGGAUUUAUGAUAAAUUAACUCAACCACAAGAGGUCAAAAUUGACAAUGAGUUUGAGAUACAAAACUUAGAGAAGAAACUAGCAAUAGUUGGAUUGUGGUGUAUUCAACUGAGGCCAUGUGAUAGACCAACUAUGACAGGAGUUAUUGACAUGUUAGAAGUUGAUGAUGUUAAUAGUCUUCCAAUUCCACCCAAACCCUUCUUUUCGUCAGAGGAUUCAACUGUAAUAAUAAAAUCUAGUUUAAGUUCAAUUUCGACUGAGUUAUCUAUGGUUUCAGAGUGAAUAACUGUAUUUUUAUGCAUGUUAUAUUGCUAGUUCUUUAGUAUCAAUGGUAUGCUUGAUGAACUACCAAUAUGAAAAAUAAUUUGAUAUUGAUGGACUUUAUAUCAUUAUAUGUAUAUAUAUUGUUUUAUGGAGAGACUUAAUUUGAA